CUCUCCUCUCUCAACUCCAAUCUUUUCACAAGACCACUACCUCUUCAACUUCGAUCUUUACCUGUCUAUUAACCUUAAUUUCUUCAAGAUCGACAUGGACAAUGAGAUUGAUGUUCCUUCAUUCUUCGUCUGCCCCAUUUCAUUAGAAAUUAUGAAGGAUCCGGUUACUGUCUCCACCGGCAUCACUUACGACCGUGAAAGCAUCGAAACCUGGUUGUUCUCAAAGAAAAACACCACAUGCCCCGUCACCAAACAACCCUUGUUGGAUUACACCGAUCUCACCCCUAACCACACUCUUCGGAGACUCAUUCAAGCCUGGUGUACCAUGAACGCUUCUCACGGCAUCGAAAGGAUCCCAACUCCUAAGCCUCCGGUAAACAAAACCCAGAUUUCCAAGCUUCUCAAAGACGCUUCUCAUUCCCCUCUCAUAUGCCUCCGAAGGCUUAAAUCCAUCGCUUCAGGAAGCGAAACUAACAAAAGAUGUAUGGAAGCUUCUGGGGCCGUUGAGUUCCUUGCAUCGAUUGUAAUGAACAACAACGUUGACUCUUCCAAUCUACCACAGGCGGAUCCAAGAUAUGGAUCUGGAUUCGAUUUGAGAACCAGUGCAAGCGAUGAAGCGUUGGGCCUGCUUCAUAAUCUUGGUUUAUCUGAACAAGGCUUGAAGACUCUCUUAAGCUUAAAAAACGGAGAGUUCAUUGAGUCUUUAACUAGGGUUAUGCAGAAGGGGUUCUUUGAAUCACGCGCUUACGCAGUUUUCUUGUUGAGAUCGAUGGCCGAAGUGGCGGAUCCAGUGCAACUGUUGCAUCUAAGGCAAGAACUGUUCGUGGAGCUAGUGCAAGUUUUGAAGGAUCAGAUUUCACUCAAGACAUCAAAAGCGACCCUUCAAACCCUGAUCCAAUUCUCUCCUUGGGGGAGGAACAGGAUCAAAGCUGUGGAAGCAGGAACGGUUCCUGUUUUGGUUGAACUUCUUCUCGAUUGCAAGGAGAGAAAGCCUUGUGAGAUGAUGCUGGUGCUGUUGGAGACUUUGUGCCAGUGUGCUGAAGGAAGAGCAGAACUAUUGAGCCAUGGAGCGGGACUUGCCAUUGUGUCCAAAAAGAUUCUGAGAGUUUCUACGUUGGCGAAUGAUAGGGCCGUUAGGAUUCUUUUCUUUGUUUCCAAAUUCUCUGCGACUCCACACGUUCUUCAGGAAAUGCUGAAACUGGGUGUGGUGGCGAAACUGUGCUUGGUGCUUCAGGUGGACAGUGGAAACAAGGCCAAGGAAAAGGCACGAGAGAUACUCAAGUUGCAUGCUCGCGCGUGGAAGAAUUCUCCAUGCAUACCAAACAAUUUGCUUGGUUCAUACCCGGGUUAUGUGUGAAACCAGAAUUUUGAGACAGUCCCUUUAUGUACAGAAUUAUUUGGAAAGGAUAAUUAGGUCUAAGUCAUAAAUAUGGGCAGCAACAAUUGAUUGCUCACAAAUGGUGUAGAUUUAGGGUUUGAUGUGUAUUUCCUGACAAGUUGGUGCACUGUGUAAUGGAUUUUUGGUUUUGGUAAUAAGCUGACACAAAAGGUUAAUUGAUCAUACGGGUUUUCUUCCA